UAUAUGUCAGUUAAAUAUAUUCGCAGUCAUGUUUGCUACAGAUAUGGCUUCUCAGUCCCAAUCUCAGCCGUCAGCGCCGUCGUUAUUGCCGCCAUCGACGACGUCGACUCUGGAUGCUCCACUAGGUGCGCUCGGGUUCGAGCUUGAAGAGAUAACCCUCAACAAGGUCUCUGGUCGCCUCCAUGUCACCGAAAACUGCGUCCAGCCAUUCAAGGUGCUACAUGGAGGGAUAUCAGCGCUCAUCUCUGAGGCCCUGGCUAGCAUGGGAGCUCGCCUGGCCUCUGGUUUCCAAAGGGUGGCCGGGAUUCACCUCAGCAUCAGCCAUUUGAAGCCCGCCCAGCUCGACGACCAUAUCUUUGCUGAAGCCUGCCCGGUCAAUGUCGGUAGGACCAUUCAGGUUUGGGAUGUGAAACUAUGGAAGAUUGAUCCUUCGAACUCAGACAUCAAAUCCAUCGUAUCAUCAUCAAGAGUAACUCUUUUAAGCAACAUGCCUGUGCCGGAGCACGCGAAAGGCGCCGGUGAAACGCUCAAGAAGUAUGCCAAAUUAUAAACUUUGUAAACACCCCCCCCCCCUAUUCAUGUUCAACUCUGCUUGUUAUUGAACCAACAGAGAAAUCAAAGACGUUUUGAUUUAGCAUUAUAAUUCAAACAACUAUAUCAAACUCUA